GCACUCUGGCGAAUCCACUUCGAUGUGUGGAUGCCAGUGAUGUUGGUCAUGGAGGGGUCGAGAGAUUAACUCCGCCCAGUGGUAGCAUGACGUUCUCUUGUGCAGGAUCAUAACACAUUCGCUUGAAGAUAAUUCGUAAUGCAGUACUGUUGCGUACCGUGGCAUUCAAAUGUAGUUUAAUAUUUGAUGCUAAUACUUGAAUGUGAUACGAGAAUAAUCAGUGAUUCUUUAUAAACGGUGUUCACUAGAUGAGAAAUUUUAAAAAUCUUAUUUUUUAUGGACAUAUAAUAUAUAUAUAUAUAUUUUAAUGUACUUUACAGUGACAUAUUCUCCAUUGCGGUGGGCAGUUUACGGUUAGGAAUAUAAUCUAGAGCGUCGAGUUGACCAUCAGAUCAACGGAUGGCUGCCUGAUCGUGUGGUUUGCGUACUGGACUGUCGUUUGGAUGGUCUCGAUAGUCCCGGGUUUCUACCCUGCCCACUGGAUCCCCCGUCGUCCUGCUGUAGGUUUGGGCUAGGAUGAAUAUAUCUUUAAAUCUGAAUUUAAGUCCGAACAUCCGAAACAUGUAAAACAUUUUAAAAACAAACAACACUUAUCCUACGACUAUUGCCCAAUUAUAAUAUGGACACAUUCGUUAUAGACAUUGUAAUUACUUUUUUAAAUGAGCAACUUGAGUCCAAGAAAGCAUUUUUUUUACAGUUUUAAAAGACACCAGAGAGAACAGCCUCGUUUGUUUUUUUGAAUCAAACACGUAGUCUUGUUGCAAUAUAGGCCUACAAUAAACCCAUGGUGCAUGUGUGUACACAUUAAUGAAAUGUCACUGACUUAUAUAGGUCUGUUUCAUAGUCCAUUCAUCGUAAAGAAUUAUAAGCCUAUCGAAGGAUGAGCACAUCAUUCAACUUCCAAUGUAGUAAAAUAUGUCGCGAAAUUUGACCAAUUGUAGUGAACCUAUCUCUAAAGCCACAGAAUUUCUUCAAGCUAUCACUGAAUGGGAGAGAAAUCUGUGUAUCAUUUGUGGCUGUCUCAGUUGUCUGGCCUUGAUGUUGCUCCUUGAUAACGCUGUUUACAUCUGGACUCACUACAACCAUCCUACGGCCAUGGUGACGUCAUCGUGGCUUGUGGCUCUGUCGCCUAUGUUGACCAGUAUUGCUGUAGUUGCCAUGCUGGUGCCCAAAAUGUUUGUAUUUCGAGACGUGGCCAUGUCUGUAUGUCUUUCUGUAGUAAUGUAUAAAUUUCUAGAGAUGCUUGUAGCACUAGGCAACCAAUUUGACUCCAUUCGACAUGAAAUUAUUUAUCACCGGAGACUUCAUUUUAACGUUCGACCACUCUGUUGUCUAUUCUCAUGCCUACCAACAGCCCAGCUCACUAGGACUAACUUUUUAGUUAUGAAGAUGCUAGUCUUGCAACACCCAAUACUCAUUGUACUGAUUACUGUCAUCACCAUGGUUACGUGGCUAGAUGGGACAUAUGUCAUUGGCAAGUGGGACAUCAACAACCCUUUCCCUUAUUUAAGUGCACUGCGUGUGACGUCAGUCUUGGUCGCGAUCUACGCUUUGAGCUCCCUAGUUACGCUGUGCAAAGACGCUAUGAAAGAUCUGUAUGUUAGCCAGAAGUAUAUGGCGUUAAGUGUGGCCCUUUUCCUCUUCAGUGUCCAGGGACUUACCUUUGACAUCCUGACGUCACUAAGGAUUUUUGAAUUCCGGCAAUGUUUGUCAGGACGAACUAUGAGAAAUUUUUAUGAAAACUCAAUGUACUGCGUCCAGAUGUUUUUGGUGACACUUUAUAAUGUCUUCUAUUACCGCCGACCUUUGAACCCACAAGUCACAUCAGACGCUCAGAACCAAAAUAAACCACCAGAGCUACAAAAUCACCAGCUGUCGAAUUCAUCUGGUCCAGAUAUCACUGGGCGCCCUUUAGUGAUUGCCUUAGACGCCACGACGCAAACAUUGGCCUUGAGCGGUGAUUGUAGCUCUCAGACAUUGUCCAUCUCAACUCUGACCAGGGACGAUGCAGUCAAUGGCAAACAAAAUAGCAAGAAUAACGUUUCCUACAACAACGGCAUCCUGGAACACUUCUGAGAAAAAAUCAUUGGAUCAAAUGUGAGUUGAAGUAAUGGCUAAUGCCUAGGUGCCAACCGAUGCGAUCUAAGCUGAUACAAUAUACAACUUUAUCGACUUGCGAGAACACAGCUGUUGACAAGGCAUGAACAACGGCCACACUUACACUUUUCGGUCAAAUAGUUUUCACCAGUGAAAGAAAAUUGUUACUUGUUAAUAUGAUAUUAAUCUUUUUGUUUAUAAACAAAAGAAAGAGUUUUUAUAUGAAUGUCAAUUUCUUUGUUAUUUUAGUCUAAAAAUGUAAAUUGUUGAAUAAGGUCUUGCCAAGCGCAGUCUUUAAUCCGACGGGUAGAAAGAAAAUGUUUGGGGCAGCGCAGCUAACUCUUGUAAAACUUCUACGUUUGAGUGUAACAUCCCACCUCUUCUCAUGGAGUCGGCAAAGAAAAUGUUUCGGCUUAAUUGAAUGUUACUCAUCCAUCUUGUCUGCAGUCUUCCUCGCUUUAUUCCAUCUUAUUGCUUGGACACCUUCAGUGUGCGUGUGCUAAUCACUCGGAUUUCUUGU